AUGGGUACCGUCUCUCGCCAAAAGCCUGGGCUUGACCCAUCCAUAUCGACAGCGCCAUCUCACUCUAUUCCGGCAUGGCUGACGGCAACUACAUUGCCCCCUAUCAACCGGAUUCGUGAGUUGGUUGACAUAUACUUCUCUCGCAUCCACACUGUACGAUGUAUGGGCUUUCUACACAUCCCAACUUUCAUGAAGCGUCUGAAGGACCCCGAGCAACUUUACUCUCAGCAAUCCGGGCUCAUUUACAUAAUAUGUGCACUAUCUGCGCCCUUCUACUACGCAGACACUCUCGGGGUUGCCGGAGAAGAAGACCAGAAAAACAACAUACAACUCUUCGAUGCAGGAAAAGGCUGGGCAGAAGCCGCAAACCAAAAUCUCUUCUCCAGUUUCGGACAAACCGGAACCGAGCGUUUGAUGACCGAAGUCCUGCUCCACGAGUAUUACCUGCGACAAGGAGACUACGCCAAAGGCUUCAUGAUUUCUGGCCAGAUAGCUCGACAUCUCCAAAUCCUACAGCUCAACAUUGAACUCGAUUCUGACCCAUUGUGUCAAAAGAGCCGGGUCUCUAGCACAACAAAGGAAACCCGCAGGCGGCUGGUAUGGGCAUGUUAUAUCCUCGACGCGUUCAUUGAAUGCGGCAUCGAUCAACUCCGCCUCAUCUUAUCAGAAGACAUCUAUGUCCAGCUACCCUGCUCAGAAGACUUAUUCGUUCGAAGCACGCCGUGUCUCACAGAAAUCUUGAGUCCAGGAAAGCUCCUCCCUUCCGUGACCCCGACGCCCAAAACAAUCACAGAAGCCUCAAACAAUCUCGACAUGCGCGGAUUCUACAUCCGCGCCCUAACGACGCGCUCAAGAAUCCUCAAAUAUGUAAAACACCUCGCAGGCGAAAUUCCCUGGCAACCAAGCUCUACCUCCCAAUUCCACGCCCUGAAAGAUGAACUCCACGCCCUCGAAGCUUCAAUCCCCCCAAGUCUCCAAAUCACCACUGAAAACAUGUAUCUUUUCAAAGCCUCCGGCCGGCUAACCCUCUAUUUCAGCCUGCACAUUCUGAUCUCACAGAACUACCAUGAUCUGUACCGGAUCGGCGUCUCGCACCUGGUCUUUCCGAACAGUGCCACGAAAUGGAUCCGCGAGAACGCGCCAAAUGCCUUCCUGGUAACGUGCCACACCAUCUGCGCACAGAAGGCAGUCUACAUCGCCUCCCUGCUGAAAGAUCUGUGGGAUUGCCACAGGCUUAGUAUUGUGGAUACACCCUUCGCGAUGUAUAUCCAGGUCUGUAGCAGUGUAAUUGUCACGACGCUUGCUUCAUGGGGGAGGGACGAACCCCUGGUUCCUGGGCUAGGGUAUGGCGAGUAUCGUGCUAUGCUGAGGGAUAAUGUUGUUAUGUUGCGGUUCCUGCAGCAGUAUUUUAAGGCGAGUAUGUAUUGCGAGUCUGCAGUUCAGGCAUUGAAUCGGUUCGAUGAGCUGUUUUCGUUGGAUUCCACGGGACGUGGGAGUGCUUCUGCGGCAGCGCUGCUGGAGGUGCCGACUGCCAGUAGUACUGACUGGACUGGACAUUCCUCUCAACUCCAGCUCUCUCUUGAGUAUGUUUUGAAUCCGUUGGGGACGUAUCCGCUGGCUCGGAAACAAGUUCAGAAUGGGGAUGGGGGAGAGGCGGAAGGGAUUUGUCCUGGUGAGGACAUGCCACCCGCUGGAGAAAUAGCUGUUGUGGAUAAUGGUAACAGGCUGUCUGGGGAUGACGAUCCGGCGGGUUUCCCGAUUCCGGGCGAAAUGCUAUUUCCAGGAAAUAUUCUCGACUGGGAGUAUGAGAUGCCCAUGAUGUCUGGUAUCGGAUACCCGACGUUUCUUGAGCAUUUUUCUGUUGAUGAGCUCCGAGGACUAUGA